GGAGGGGAGCUGUGGCCAAGGAGAUUGGAGACGAUGACGGCGGCGAGGAAGGCUCUGUGCGUCGCGGCGGUGGCCCUGGCGGCGCUGGGGCUGGCGCGCGCGCAGGGCAAGCCCGGCUCCUGCUCGCCCGCGUCCGCCCUGCAGGUGUGCGCCUUCGUGUGCCGCUCCGACCUGGAGUGCCCCGGCUACUUCAAGUGCUGUCCCACUGCGUGCGGCGGCUUCGUCUGCAGCAAGCCCGUCACGGCGCGCGCGCGCCCCGCAGUGAAGCCCGGCGCGUGUCCGGCCGAGCCGGGCGGUCCCUGGGUGUGCUCCAGCCGCUGCGCCGUGGACACGGACUGCCGCGGCGCGCUCAAGUGCUGCCGCAACAGGUGCGGCGCGCUGGCCUGCCAGAGACCGCUGCUCUCCGAGCGCCUCCGCAGGGGCCGCCGGGGCGCCGACGCGCUGGCUUGGGCUUGAGUCCCCGCGUUCUCCGGACCGGCGCGGGCUCGACUGUGACCAUCCUCGUGUCUCGACGUGCUUUCAUCUGCCCCCCCCCCCCCCCCCCCCCGGGGGUGUGUCUCCAGGACUUACCUUCUCAUGCGAGAAGAAGGAUGCACUUGCAAAUCAUGACAUUGAAUAUUUACAAAUAUGUGGUCUUGAAAUACUGAACUUUAGCACUAACAUACAACUUUCAAAAAAAAAGAUUUCCAAAAUAUAAAUUUCAUUAUUCAAUACUGGCUCAGAAAGGGCUAUCAACCCUUAACGCCCCCACCCCUUUUUUUAAUGGAGCCGCACUGCAAUUGGUUAAAAUUUUAAGUAAUUAUUUCUCAGUCAACUAAACGUCACGGGUAAAUUUUUAUGAGUUCUUAGUUGUUUUUUUUUAUUUUAAAAAUAUAUAUAUUUAGCAACACAGUAGUAAAAAAAUUAAUUCAUAGUUAAAUUAAUACCUACUAGUUUUUACUCAUGCAAAAAAAAAAUUGUUUUGUCACAAUAUCUACAAUAGUGUUGAAUAAAAGACCAUGCAAUUAUCCUCACUCGAGACAGGACUACAGUGCACACACUCUUGAUGACUCGAGACUCCAGCUACGACUCUCACGCAUGCGCUCUUUGUCCAGCAUCUCCAAGCACCUGGACUUUGCUCGGACAGCACCCAAUCCAACGUGGGAUGUUCAGACAGUGUAUAGGAUACCUGAACUCAUCCUAAAAUUUAGAAAAUGGUUCUCAGAAACAUUCCUAGUUCACAUGAAAAAAAAAAAAUUAUUAUUAAAUAUUUAAACGUAGCUCUGAACAUCGGUUCGCAUAUAACUCACUGCGGGCAAAUGCUAGUCUACGAUGGAUCACGCCAAUGACAUAUAUAUAUCAUAGACCCAGUGCAGAAUGGCACUACAAAAUUGAGGCAAAUAUGUUUUUUAAGUAUUCUUAACACAUUUACAAUUUAGUUAUGUAAAGACAUAUAAUAAAAUAGUCUACACACAAAAAAAAAUGUUCUGUACUUUUACAAAAGAUUCCUUUGGAAACCAGUUGCCAAGAAAUAGUUUAUAAUACUACAAGAAAGAUAUUGUAACUUUUUAAAACACAUGGCAUAUAUAAUAGGUUUCUCGAUAUAAUACUGACUAUUUCUUACGAAAAUUUUUGUAUAAUUUUAUAUUUUUUUUUGAUAUUUUAUUCAAGCAUAUUUUUUAAACAAUGGAAGUAAUAAUUUAAUAUUGAAUAAUUGGAUUUUAUUUUGUUUUAUUUGCCUAUUAAUGUGUGUAGUUAGUACUGGGAAAUUAUUCAGGGAAUAGUUUAUAUAUAACUGUAAUUAUUUAGGUACUGGAACAACACAAAAGCAUAAAUGCCCGGGUAAGAAUCCGUACCCAGUAUUACUGCGCACACUAUUUUGUAGUGAUACAGGUGUUCUAAUGUAAAUGUACAAAUUUACAAAUACCUGUUAUAUUAAAUGAAUAUUUCUGUUCCAUUUUCAGAAGAAGAAAAUAUUCAGUUUAGCCUAAUUAACAUCUUGGUGAAAUGACAAGGAUACUUCUUUGACUUAUUUGCUUUUACAGCAAAAAGAAAACAACUACACCAUUUUAUGACCAUUCCCUCCCUGGAAAAAAUGUUUAUUUACAACAUUACUCAGAAAUUCAAAAAGUAUUGUAAGAGCCAGUUUAUCAUAGGUACUCCUGAUUACAUAACAAAUACAGGUAUUUAUUUUACUGUUUAACCUCUUCAGCCACACGCAACACAAUAUUGAACAAUGUUUAAAAAUAUUCCUGCAGAAGCUUGAGAAAUGAUUAGGUAUGACAAAACAAAACACUCGCAGCUGUUUUAUCUCAACCUCAUACAGCAGUUUUGGGAGCACAGAGAUAAUUGUCUGAUAUAGGUAUAUGUUGUUUGAUUAGACAUUGUACUUCCCAACUUAAUAUAACAAUUAAAGCAGUUUUCACAACUUUAUAUUCAAGCUGUGAACCAUCUUAAUAGUACAUCAAUAUUGUAGUUGUAUAUCGAGAAAAUAGUUGGCUACCUACUGUUUGAAGAAUGUGUAACUAAAAUUUUAAGUUAAUGUUCAGGCCAAAGUCCACACGAAUUGUAUACUAAUUUAUACAUUAUGCAAAACAUUUUUUAAUGAAUAAAAUAUAGUGAUAACUGAACAUAAUAAACUGAUAGAACAUUAUAUUUACUAUUAUUUGACAUUGAUAUUCAAACUAUUUAUUAGAAAUAUGUAAUUUUUUGAAAAUAUUUGUGUAUUUAUUGUGUAUUUUACACUAUGAAUAAAAUAAAUAAUGUGACACUUAUUGCAA